GUCGAUGGGCGUGUUUAGCUUCCGGUUACGAGUACAUACAUGCCUCUCAAUUUUUCGUUCAGCGUCGUGCAGCCCUUGUUUAGUUUGGUGGCUCCUGACCUGACUGUGGCGAGCACUGAGCAUCGCUCAGGAAGGGGGAGGAGGGAGCCGCAAAGAGAGUAGUCUCGGCGGGUUUGGCGGGGGCUCGCACUAAAUAUGCGUUACGAAACGGAUUUUAGAAAUGUCUGGCUCAGACCCCAUUAGAUAAAUGAAUUCGGGUUAGGCAGGACGUGGUAACACGUGAGAGAGUCCACGUGAGUGUUUAUGGAGAUAGGGGAGGCGGCCAUGGUCAUCGAGUAGAGGAGAGUUGCAUGUAGCUGGAAAAGUGGUGAUAGCAUCCGUGUUGGGGCAACGCAGGACAACGCUUACUGCUGGCCGCAGUGGUCACUCUGCUCCUCCGAGCCGUCCUGCCAACACCAUCCCGCGUCGUCUCACUUCAGUCGUGCACGCACCACCUCCACUGUAAACUUUUGAGUUCUCCUCAAAGGCUAUGAAGCACUCGUAACUGCAGCGUUCGGGAGUUUGUCAUCAAGCGGGGGGGCGUCGCUCCCUGCAUGGCCACCCUCAGCAUGGUGGCCUUCUUUUCCAGUCGGAGAGUGAGCCUGGCUGGCUCCCUCUUGGCCCUCAAGCCCUGCCUGUUGCUGCUGUUUCUGGCAGGACCCACCUUCGCCGGCAUGUCCAAGAACUUUCUGGGCAACAACAACUUUAAUCCCCAAGACCAAAUGCAGAGGACAUUCUACCCGACGGAGCAGUUCAGCAGAUACCGACGGAACUACCUUGAUGACGAGUCAUCGCCGUUCCCGGGCUAUCCCGGGUUCUCUGGAACGGCAUCCUUCAGAGGUGGAAAAGGUGGAAGAAAAGGUGGACCACGAGUUGGGAGUGGAUCCAGGGGUUCGGCCUCCUUCCCUGGCUUUGGAGGAGGUCCUGACGCUUUCCUGGAGGAGGCCACAACAGAGCGGAUUGCACCAGAAGAUGACAGCAUGGCAUCCUUCCAGUUCAACGGCAUGUCAGAUUUCAGCUCUCUGCUGGGAGGGUCUGGGGGACCCCGGCCACCUGGUGCCAGUCAGGUCGGUGUCUCUGGGUCUUCCUUCGGCUUUCCUGAUGGCCCCUCUAACACAUUCGGCAAUCGUGACUCUCCUCCUGGGUUCUUUAGUUCUGGAAGCACCUUUGACACAAGACCAGCGGCAGGGAGACCUGGAGUACCGGGACCUGCGCGUCCCGGUGGAGCCGCAGAGGGAGGAGCCUCUGUCUUUACUGGGUCUGGUCAAGGCGGUGUGUUGCGUCUUCCUUCCACGGGAUCUAGUUUCCCUCGCUUCGGCGGAUCUCAGAACUCAUUUUUCGGUGGAGACAAUAGUGGAAGCUCUCCUAACAGGUCCCCGAACUCCAACGGCUUCAUGAGCCCCUUCCUGCCAUCUUUUUCUGAGCCUAAUAGUGGCUUCAGUAAUGCAGGCAACAGUCCCUUUGGCUCACCAGGGACUAGGCCUUUUGGAUCUCCUGGGGGUGGUAGUCGAUUACCUCCAGCAAAUAGGGGCUUCAAUUUUCCAACUGACGUACAGUUUCCUAACUUAUUAUCCCAGAACCUUGGUGAUCCUUUGGAUGGAGGACCUUACGGCAUUCCUGAUGAAUUAAGGGUCUUGUUCGGCGACCUCUCCACUACCGUCAAGCCGCCUCUGAGAGUGACUUCAGCAGAAGACACCGACAGAGUGUUUCCGGGCAAUGACGAUCGCGAACCAGACAACGAAGACGAAGACUAUGGAGAAGGACAUGAAGAUGUUUUGCGUGAAAGAAUACCACUCAAUUUUAAGAGCAACUUCCGGCGACCUCUUGAGCCUAACCGAGCCUGCAACACUGAGCCUUCCCCACCGCGUAAUGGACGGAUCGACUGCUCCUCUUACUCUGGCUGCCGCGCCGUCUGUGAUACCCGCUACCAGUUCCCGACGGGCGAGCGACGCUUUUUUUUGCGCUGUGACGACGGCGAGUGGGUAGUUGCAGGCGGUAACCGAGGCGAACACAUGCCCGACUGUGAACCCAUCUGCCGGCCGCCAUGCCAGAACAACGGCAUUUGCUUGGCGCCCAACACGUGCCAAUGUUCUGACAACUGGAGUGGCCUCACCUGCGAGACACCUAAGCUUCCGCCACGCCAGGAGUGCUCCAUGAAACCUCCGACUCCCGCCAAUUCUAAGAUCUUCUGUGGCAACAAUGAGUGCAACGCGCGGUGCCACGAGGGUUAUCACUUCGCUGAGGGCAUGACGCGGCUUUCCUUCAUGUGCGAGGACGGCGACUGGGUGAUCAGGCACGAGAUGUUUGCUGGCACCAACCCUGAUUGUGAACCCAUUUGUGAUCCUGCGUGUCUGAAUGGCGGCAGCUGCAUUGCUCCUGAUCUGUGCCAGUGUCUAGAGGAUUACCGCGGAGAUUACUGCCAAUACCCGAUCAGCAACUGUGACCCGAAGAAGAUGGGUUUCAACGGAGGCCACAACUGCUCCGGCAAAGACAUGAUGUUCGGUUGUGAGCUUUGGUGUCCACCCCCUAUCCAGUUUGAAUUUCCCGCCGCCGAAUUCUACACUUGUGAUUACGCAACGAGUACUUGGUCCCCAUCCCCCAUUCCCAUGUGCGACUAUGAGGCCUUCCGAGAAAUGGAGGAGAACAACCCACCGCCCAUAGAACACGAAGGAUUAGUGGGUGAACAUCGGCCCACUGCACCGCCUGUAACAGAAGCUCCUCCGCCGGCCGUUAGGAAACUCCCGGGCACCUGCUUCACCUGGUCCAACUCCCACUACAAGACCUUCGACGGCAAGGUGUACAGUUUCGAGAGCACCUGUCCCUACACAUUCCUGAGGGAUGUGACUCACGGCACCUUCAGCGUCAACCUGCGCAGCACCCCGAACUGCGAGGGAGUUUCAUGCAACAGAACCAUCCAAAUGUUCCUCGAGGAUGAAGAGUACGUUCUGGGACUUUCAGAGAAUGGUCAGCCGAGCCUCGAAUAUAAGGACACGAGCCUGGCUAUCCCGGGACACAUGAACGGCGUGGUGUCCGAGCGGGUGGCCCACUUCGUUGUCCUCAAGGUGUCUGGCCUCGGCCUCACCCUCAAGUGGGACAUGAAGAACCUGGUGGUGGCGGACGUGAGCGAGGUUUUAUGGAACAGGACUGGAGGUCUGUGCGGUCAGCGGGACGGCAAACAGGACAAUGAUUGGAGCCACGCUGAUGGUUCCACUGAGUACAGCCUCAGCGCCUUCGUGCAGGGGUGGCAGGCCAAACUUAUCGGAGAGCGUUGCCUGGACCAGCCCCACGUGAGGCACCCCUGCAGCCGCCCUUCACCCACAGACCCUGCCGUCACUUUCUGCUCCCGCCUCCAGACAGACCCGAAGUUCGCUGACUGUCGCCAGGUGGUGGACGUGGAACCUUUCGUGAGGGCAUGUCGCUGGGAUUACUGUAGCUGCCGAAAUCAGAACCGAGAGGGUUGCGCCUGCAGUUCCUUGGACGCCUUCUUCAGGGAGUGUGCAAGUGUCGGGAUGACUGUCCCAGGCGGGUGGCGCUCCCAGGACCUCUGCCCUAUGACGUGCAGCAAUGGCAAGGUGUACAAUCCCUGUAUGUCAGCCAUCCAGGCGCGGUGCGGACAGCCAGCGGAGACUGUGCAGCCAGAUUUCUGUGUGGAGGGCUGCGACUGUCCCCCAGGACUUGUCCUCCAUGGGGAUGUCUGUGUGCGGGCGGAGGACUGCCCGUGUACCUACCAUGACAAAGAGUACAACGCUGGUGACAGCAUUCCCAACGACUGCAACUCCUGCACGUGUCUGGGCGGCAAGUGGGUGUGCACGGAUAUCAAGUGUGGCUCUCGGUGUGCUGUGGUGGGCGACCCUCACUACACCACCUUCGACGGCCGACACUAUGACUUCAUGGGCAAGUGUUCCUACUACCUGGUGCAAGCCACGGACGUGAGCAUCGAGGCUGAAAACACUCCCUGUGCUGGCUCCAUCUCCGAGGAUAUGAACUUCCCUGCCUCCAUCAUGGGUCAGUUCCCGUCCUGCACCAAGUCCGUCACCGUGCGCGUGGACGGCACCGUGAUCCGUUUGAAGCAGAAGGGGGAGGUGACGGUGAAUGGCGUGGAGCUGAAGGACCUGCCAGCGUGGGUGAACGGAGUCUACAUCAAGAGAGCCUCCAGUCUUUUCAUCAUGGUGGAGUUGAGCAACGGCCUGGACGUGUGGUGGGACGGCCAGACCAGAGUAUAUGUCGACGCGCCAGCAGACUUCCGAGGCGAGACUGCUGGACUUUGCGGAACCUUCACAGACAACCAGCGAGAUGACUUCCUCACUCCCCAGGGUGACAUUGAGCAGAACGCCAUCGCCUUCGCCAAUAAGUGGAAGACUUCUGAGCGAUGUGAGAACCAAGCUCAGGCAGAGGAAUCACGCCCCUGUGAGACUCAUGUGCAGAACAAAGCUGUGGCAGAAAAGUUUUGUGCCAAGAUCAAGUCCAGUUUGUUUGCCAAAUGCCACCUGGAAGUAGACCCAGAACCCUACUACCGAGACUGCAUGCAUGACAUGUGUUCCUGCGAGACAAAGCUGGAUGGCUGUCUGUGCCCGAUUCUAGCAGCGUACAGCAAGGAGUGUGCCAGGAAGGGUAUCACCAUUGACUGGCGGGCAGAGGUCCGCGAAUGUGGUAUUCACUGUACUGGUGGACAAAAGUACCAAGUUUGUGGCAACAGCUGUGCACGCACCUGCCUCGAUCUUGCCACCAAUGUUGACUGUCAGAGGAAAUGUGUUGAAGGCUGCAACUGUUUGGAAGGUUUCUCUCUGGACAGCAGUGGCAUCUGUGUGCCCAUCACUGAGUGCCCAUGUGUGUACCAGGCCAAGGAGUACAAACCUGGCUAUGAGAUGAUGCAAAUUCAGCCUGAUGGGACCUAUCGUGUCUGUGAGUGUUACAACACGGACUGGAACUGCUGGGAGCCACGAGGCAAUGAGUCUGUGGCGCGCCCACCACAGGUCCAGUGUAAGAGCCAUGAGGUGUAUGUGGACUGCCUGCCAGAAGAGGAAAACACUUGCCAGACAAUGCAUUUGCGACCAGUUCCAAGUGAGUUGUGUCGGCCAGGAUGCGUGUGUGCCCAAGAGUAUGUGAGGAACACAGACACAGGCAUCUGCAUUCCUCAUAACUCGUGUCCCUGUCACCAUGGCGGCCGUUCUUACAGUGAAGGCGAUGUUUUAAAUGAUCAGUGCAACACUUGCAAGUGUGAAAGUGGACAGUGGUUGUGCACAGACACACCUUGCCCUGGCAUCUGCACUGCCUGGGGAGAAUCUCACUACAAGACCUUUGAUGGCCGUCUGUAUGACUUCCAUGGUACCUGUGACUACCUGCUGGCCAAGGGAAAGGCUAGCCGUGCUGACACAUUCGAGGUUACAAUACAGAAUGUGCCUUGUGGUACGAGUGGAGUGACAUGUGCCAAAUCUAUCACAUUGAGAGUUGGCUCAGGAGACACACAAGAAGUUGUUGAAUUUUCCCGCAAUAAACCUCCACCCACCAAAAACAUGACACGAAUAAUUAUUCGUGAAGCGGGACUGUUUGUGUUUGCUGAAGUGUCAGAUAUGGGUCUGGUGUUGCAGUGGGAUCGAGGCACAAGAGCCUAUCUGCGUGUUGAUCCUCAGUGGCAAGGCAAGGUACAAGGGCUGUGUGGAAACUUCAAUGGGGAUGACCAGGAUGACUUCCAGACUCCAGCAGGAGGCUCCAGUGAGGUGUCUGUUAAGAUAUUUGGUGAUUCAUGGCGACUUCAAAACUACUGUCCUGACAGCAUUCUCAUUAAGGAUACUUGCAGUCUCCAUCCCCAGAGGAAAGUCUGGGCAACAGAAAGAUGUGCCAUCCUGAAAACUGACUCCUUUUCUCGUUGUCAUUCAGAGGUGCCAGUGGAGCCUUACUUAGAGAGAUGCCAGUUUGAUGCCUGUGGCUGUGAUACAGGUGGGGACUGUGAGUGUCUGUGCACUGCUAUAGCAGCUUAUGUGCAUGAGUGUAGCAUCCACAAUGUGUACAUCAAGUGGCGCACGCCUGAAAUCUGCCCUAUGCAGUGUGAUGAAUCCUGUGAACACUAUGAGCCAUGCAUCCCCACUUGCCCCUUGGAGACCUGUGAUACUCUCCUGGAUCCUGCUGCUCCUCUCUGCACCCAGGAUGCUUGUGUGGAAGGAUGUGCCCGAGACGUGUGUCCCCCUGGCCAGGUGCACAAAAGUGCCACAGACUUGGAUUGUGUUCCUAAGGCUGAUUGUGAAAAGAAGUGCAUGGAAGUGGAUGGGGAAGUGUUUAUGGAGGGUGACAUCAUCUCUCAGGAUGAUUGUCACACUUGCACAUGUUCAAGAAAGAAGAAGAUAUGUCGAGGGACACCAUGUACCACCACCACUUCCUCUACCACACGUGGCCCCAUCCCCUCUACCUCAACAACCAGCUCCACUUACAUACCUGGUCGUGUGACAACACCUUAUGUCACCACACCUGGCCCUGAGGAGGAGUUUUGUAGAAAUGGCUGGACAGAAUGGCAAAGUGAUGACAAACCAAUCAUAUUCAGGAAGAAUUCUGAUGUAGAACCUGUGCCCGAAAGAAUAUGGAAGAGCAAAAGUAGUCAAGGAUUCUGCUCCCAGAGUCAAAUGGUGGACAUUAAGUGCCGUGCCAUUGGGACGCACCGGCCACACACUGACCAACCCGGCGUGACUUGCCUGCUCAAUGAGGGACUCUUCUGCGAAGGAAAAGAUGAUGCCAUGGCUGAGGAUGCCUGCUGGAACUAUGAGGUGGCCUUCCUAUGUGACUGCAGUCUCUCAACUGUUCAGCCACCAAUCCUAACUACCCCAGCCACACCAGCCACUCCUCCUCCAGCUGUGACACCUUCUGUACCACCUGUUACUGAGGAGCUUGAAGAACCCUACACCUGUGAGGAAGAAGGCUGGAGUGAGUGGUAUAACCUCCACUCUCCUGACUCUGAUGGAGAAUUUGAGUCUCUCUCUGAUAUUCGUAAGACAUACUCGCUGUGUCCAGACCACUACAUCUCUGAAGUUGAGUGUCGUCCAGUACAGGGUGGAGAAAUGGAGCCUAUAUUCACUUGUAACAAGCGUGGUGCCAUGUGCAGGAAUAAUGGGGAGAUGCAGUACUGUCAGGACUAUGAGGUGCGAGUUUUCUGCCAAUGUGAAUGUCAGGAUGGCCUUGGUAUGGAAAAUUAUGUAAUUCCUGAUGACCAGAUCACUGCCUCCUCCCUCAAGACACCAGAUGACAAGCCCCACGCUGCACGGCUCAAUGCAGACUGGGCCUGGACUGCUGAGGAAGACACCAAGCCUGAGGGAGAGCCACUGCUCUCAGAGUGGCUUCAGAUUGACCUUGUUGAAGUUAAAGAGGUGACUGGUGUGGUAACUCAAGGACAUCCACAUUACAACCAGUAUGUUAAGAAUUUUGUUGUCCAGUUCUCAGAAACAGGACUAACAUGGGAGGAUGUUAUGGAACCAGAAGAUACCUAUGCCAAACAAUUCCAAGGGAACACAGACUCAUCAACACCAGUGACAAACCUGUUCCCUGAACCAGUGUUUGCCCGCUAUGUCAGGAUUGUUCCCACUGAUUUCCAUUCAGCCAUUUCUCUCAGGGUUGAACUCAAGGGCUGUGAUAUUAAGGAAGUAACAACAACUCCUCGAACAGUUACUACACCCACGGAGUGCAUUGAUGGUUGGACAGAGUGGAUGAAUACACACACACCAGGUCCUGGAGACUGGGAUGAUAGAGAUGACCUUGAUACACUAUCUGAGAAGUACACAUUCUGUGCUCCACACAUGAUUGUGGCUUCAGAAUGCCGGGCAGUGGGUAAUGUCUCACCACCUGACCAGUACAGCAUUGUUUGUAAUAUAAAUAAUGGUCUCCAGUGUAAUGAUGAUCUCCAGGGACCAGAACAUUGUUAUGACUAUGAAAUGAGAGUCUUGUGUGACUGUUCUCUUAGCACAACUCCUCCACCCAUUGUGACUGAGGAGCUCACUACUACCUCUGGAAUUGUUCCACCCAUACCUCCAUAUCAGGAAACUUGCUCUUAUUCUUCUCCACAGAUCAAAGAACAUGAAGAAGACUGUCGUAAGUUUUAUGAGUGUGCACCAACACUCACUGGAAUGAAAUAUGUAGAGAAAGAGUGUGGCCCCGGCACAUUCUUCAAUCCAAGGCACUCUGUUUGUGAUUUUGAAUAUAAUGUCAUCCGUAUAAAGCCAGAAUGUAAACACCGUGUAACACCACCACAUGUGGUUGCUACCACAACCCCAGUACCAUGCAUUGGAGACUUCUGGACAGAAUGGUUCAAUGUCUCCCAUCCAGCCAUUGAUGGUGGUGACUUUGAAACUUUCGAAAACAUCCGCAGGGCAGGAUUGGAAAUUUGUGAUAAUGAGUACAUCACAGAUGUGCAGUGCCACUUUAUGAAGGUGCAAGGUUCCAGAUCUCCCAGUAAAGGUCGCAGCAAAGGCCGUAGCAAAGGCCGUAGCAAGGGAGGUCGCAAGGGCUACAAGGGUGGAGGUCGCUUAGACAGACUUACAUAUGGACGUGCAGAUUUCAGCCAGAGCAAAGACCGCUUUGUGCAGUGUUCCAGGACAUCUGGGCUCAGCUGCCGCAGUUCUCAGUGUGAAGAUUAUGCCAUCAGAGUCAGAUGUUCCUGUGAGGCAACCAGAACCACUCCGGCUGUUCCUCUCACUACACAACCUUCAGAAGGACUCUUCACAACCCCAGCCAUCCCAACAACAACACCAGAAGUAGUCUCAGAGUGUCCUCAGGGUCAGGUGUAUGUUCCAAAUGCUAUUCCCUGCAUGCGUGUUUGUGCCUACUACCGGUACUUCCUUAGACAGAAUGGCAUUUGUCAGCAUGAUGGAGAGUAUGCACCAGCCUGCUUGGAACCAAGAAAGCGUGAGGUGUGUCCACCCAACCAAUACCUCCGGGACAAGGACACUUGUGUUGCUCUUCAAGACUGCAACUGCCGCCUUCCUAAUGGACAAGCUGCCCCGCCGGGCCGACCCAUUCCUGUGGAUCAUUGUGAGGUGUGUCAGUGUGUCAACAACUUGCUGAUGUGUGACAAAUCUGCCUGCAUUACUACUACUGAAUCUGUCUACAAUGUGACCAGUGAACCUCAGUUCAUUUGUAGCCGUUGGAGUUCAUGGGUGAGUUUGUCCUCACCCAGUGAAGGUAAUGAACAGGAGCUGAUUGCCGACUUGCAGAAAGUAUCUCUCAGAAAGUGUCGUGAAUAUGGCAGAAUACAGUGCAGAGUGCGAGGCAGUCAUGAAUCCAUUGCUGAAGCAGGCCAAGUUGCCACCUGUGAUCUACAGACAGGCCUUGUGUGUCAAGGUUCACAAAAUCCUGAGGGUUGCAAGGACUAUGAGGUUCGUGUGUUCUGCAUAUGUAAUGACAAAGACUGGGACAGCUCCUACUUAACCAUGCCCCCUACAGUGCCAUCCACCACCACACACUAUCCUUAUCCACCACUAUUGAAUGUCACCACAGAAAGACCGUCUCAUGAUAAGUGUCCUGAGACUAUGAGGCAUGAACAGUGUGCUAUGCCAUGUAACAGGAUCUGCAUGUACUACCAGUCCAUACUAAAAGAAGAGGGCUGGUGCUUGAGUGAGGAAAACUGUGCUCCAGGCUGUGUGGAGCCAAACAGGGAUAUGACAUGUCCACCUGGCAUGUUUGGAAUCAAUCAGGAAGAAUGUGUCCAGGUGGCUGACUGUAACUGCCGCCUCUCCAAUGGACAAGCUUUGCCGCCUGAUGUAGAAUACCAAGUGAGUGAGUGUGAGCUGUGUAGAUGCAAGAACAAUGCUCUGCUAUGUUCUCGCAUCCCAGACUGUGAGGAGCCAAGCACUAAGUCCACCACGUUAGAAGUGAUCACCUUGACUACACCCUCAACCACCACCUUUGAGCCGGAGAGUCAGAUUGUUCUCAAGCCAGUGUGCAACAGCUGGUCGCCUUUCUACAAGAAGGAGCGGGAGUCUGAGGGAUUGAUCUUGAGUCUUGAAAUGCUUCGUACGCGUGAAGAGUUUCUGUGCGAGAAUCCCAUAAAUGCCACCUGCAGGGAGGCUGCACUCAAAAUUCCUGCCUCUGAUCUUAACCAAACUCUGACCUGUGAUGCUGUCGAGGGUCUCAAAUGCCUUGAUCUAGAAAAUAAGGAAAACUGUUACAAUUAUGAAAUUUCCUUCUACUGCUUCUGUGAAGAGGUUUCCACCCCACCACCUCGUGUAUCUUCUGUGGGCCCCACCACCACAUUAGCUCCAUGUGACUCUUGGUCACCAUGGAUCAACACAGCUAAGCCAUGGCAAGCCGAUGGAGACACAGAGUACAGAUCACUUGAGCAACUCCAGGAGGAAUACAACUUCUGUCUGCAGGGUCAACUGGCAGACAUUGAAUGUGUGGAGGCUGCCAGCGGUGCCAACACUGGGGCAGACGUGGGUCUCAGCUGUGAUGUGCGUUUUGGUUUCCGAUGCACCAACUCGGCUCAGGAGCGUGGUAGCUGUUUGGACUACAAGAUUAGAUACUACUGCACUUGUGAGACCACAACAGUAAUCACAACCAUUAUGCCAGAGUUCACCACACCCCUUCCAAAAUGUUACCCUGACAAAUACAUUAACCUGCUGAAGAAUGUAGAUGACUUUGCCUUCUCCUCAACUCCUGCACGGAGCACCAUGUACGGACCAGCCAGUGCACGACUUUACAACCCAGAUGGCAGUCUUUCUACAUCAGGUUGGUCUCCACUGCGCAACAACUGGGACCAAUUCUUAGAGGUGAACUUGGGCUCAGUGACACCAGUGUAUGGCUUAGUGGUGGCUGGCAACCCCCUUACUCGAGAAAGAAUCACCGCCUUCAAUGUGCAGUACUCCAAGGAUGACACCAUCUGGACAGACCUACCCACUGAUCCCAUGGAUCCCUCAAGCCCACCCAAGGUUUUCCAAGGUCCACUCAGCCCAGUAGAGGAGAAGCAGCUAAUAUUUGACAACCCCAUUGAGAUGCAGUACCUCAGGAUUAAGCCUACCAAUUGGUACCGUGCCAUAGCCCUGCGAUUGGAGGUGAUAGGCUGUGAGCUCCCGAUGGUUCCCACAACAUCAACCACAACAGAACUUCCAAGGUGUGAUGAACCAAUGGGAGUUGAGAAUGGUGUGCUAUCUGACCUCCAGAUAGUAGUAUCAUCUGUUUUGGAUGACCGACAUGACUAUUAUGGGAAACAGAACAUUCGGCUCAACACUCAGCCAGAUUCAUACCUCUCAGCUGGGGUGUGGGUAGCAAAACCAAACCAAGACCAGUUUGUGAGGUUUGACUUCACUGAGCCAAGCUUGCUGUCUGGGGUGGUGACUCAAGGAAACCCUGGCUCCCCAGAGUGGGUGGAGUCUUUCACUGUUGGGUAUUCCCCCGAUGGUGAGAAUUGGAGUACCAUUAAGGAACCAGAUGGUACUGACAAGGUAUUCAUUGCAAACUUUGACAGCAACACUCCUGUGGAGAACAAAUUUAAUCGGUUGUUGAACACCCGUUUCCUCGAGUUGCGGCCCAAGCAAUGGGAUUCCAACAUUGCUCUAAGAGUGGAGGUGCUCGGUUGUUUCCAUCCUUAUCCUGAAGUGACUACUACACCAGCACCAGUCUUCACUACCACCCAGCCUCCUCCUCCUUACUGUGUAACAUGCCCUGGGUUGCCUGAAGAGUACUACACAACCUGCAUUCCUUGCACCUAUCAAGAUGAAUAUUUUGAUGGGCAGAACUGUGUCCCAUUAAGCCAGUGUCCAUGUUAUAAAGAUGGAAGCAGGUAUGAAGUGGGUCAAGUAUUUGAAAGUAAAGAAUGCAAGGAGUGUCAGUGUAUUCUAGGCGGUGAGACAUCCUGUGUCCCCAAGGAAUGCCCACCCUGUGAUAAUGAUGAGAAAUCAGUCAUAACUCCCACAUGUAACUGUGUAUGCAAGCCGUGCCCUCCUGGGACCAGACUGUGUCCUUCAAGCAACUUCUGCCUCAAUGAGACGUCAUGGUGUGAUGGUAUUGAGGACUGUCCUGAUGAUGAGCUGACAUGCACCACUCCAGUCCCAGAGAUUCCAUCAAUUUGCCCUACACCCUUCUGUCCUGAGCACUGGGAGGUGAAGGUACAUCCCUCCAAGGGUUUCUGCCCUAAGGUGAAGUGUGAGCCUCCACCAACUCCCUCAUUCUGUCCCAGCCCUAAGUGUCCACCAGGCUACACUGUUAUAGUCAAGCUCUCAGAAGCUGGCAACAACUGUCCAGAGUAUGAUUGCAAUCCUCCAAUACCCACUGAGCCAACCACAUGUCUUCCACCCACCUGUCCUGAUGGAUAUGAAGUGCAGGGUUCGGAUUAUAUGGACUACCUUGCUGAAGAAUUCCCACUGCAGACCCAACAGAGUGAUGCGGUGUGCUUCCAAUACAUCUGCAAGCCACCAGUGGAGCAACUCGAGAAUUGCUCAGAACCUGCUUGUCCAGAAAACUAUGAAAUCUUCUUUUCUGAUGUCAGCAUUCUAACAGAUCCUUGUCCUCAGUACGAAUGUGUCCCAGUAACACCAUCCACCCCACUGCCAUGCCCUGCCGUGGAGUGCCCCAACAACCUCACCAUCAUGUACAUCCACAGUGAAGACCGUUCCACCUGCCCACGUUAUACCUGUGUGCAAGUUACCACUAUCCCAUCAAUCACAACACCUUCCACUGUGCCUCCCAAGUGCCCACAAGACCAGCUUGAGAUUGCAAUUUGCAGCAUGAAUGAGGAGCUGUAUCGGGUGAACCCUGUGGAGGAAGAGUGUCCAAAGUAUGCAUGCAAGCCACUGGGCAGUCCUCCACCUAUUACUAGCACUACUAUGCCGAGUAAAGAACCAGUGCCCGAAUGCACUAUAGAGCGUCGCACCAUUUCUAGCUUUGGUAACACCAAUAUUGAUAUAGAGGUCUGCAACCACAUCUUGACUCAGGACAAGAUUAAUAAGGAUUGGAUGGUUGCAGUGCAUAGUAACUGUUCUGAGAAUGAUCAGUGUACCCAGUACCUCAGUAUCACUUUGGAGAAACAUGUACUCAUCAUCCAGCCAGACAUGCACAUUUCUUGGGAUGACCACAUCUACACAGUUGCACAGGCUCAGCGUAUUGGGACGUCCAGCAAAACUUUUGAUGUCUCUCGGGUUGGCAACACUGUCUAUUUUGAGUCUAAAAAGUUUGACUUCAGUGUGGAGUGGAAUGUGGAAAUGAACAUCAACAUCACACUUGGUGAAGAGCAAAUACAUCAGGUUGAAGGUCUGUGUGGCUUGCAUUCAGAUGGUCUAGAUAAAGAGAGGGUGAAACCUGAUGGGUCAAUAGCCCACAGCACUGAAGAAUUAAGUGAUUCCUGGAGUAUGGAAGGCGAUGAUUGUAAACCAAAAUGUUCACGUAAAAUGACCAGCAAAGCUUUUGAGUUAUGCAACAAAAUAAUGUUGGAACCAUUUACCGAGUGUCACAAGAUGGUUAACCCUUCACCCUUCAUCAAGAAUUGCUUUGAUACCAUGUGCGACUGUCUGGCCAGCAAGGGUGAUGAGGAGGAGUGCCGCUGCCAAGCACUCACCCACUAUGUCUCAAAGUGUCUAGAGAAGAAUCCUGAUGCUCCCAUUUCAGACUGGCGUAUUACCACAAAAUGCUACAAGGAAUGUGGUCCUGGGGAGAUCUACCAGGAUUGCUUCCGCUCAAAGUGUGAGAAACAGUGUGAGACACUUGAUGAAAGCCAGUGUCCAGAGGAGGGCUCCUGCACCCCAGGCUGUUUCUGUGCCCCUGGCUUGGUGCGCAAGGGUGAUCAGUGUGUUCCACCUGAACGUUGCCGUGACUGUGUGUGUGAGGGUUAUGGAGACCCACACUACACUACCUUUGAUCGUCUCAACUACACCUUCAAUGGAGAGUGUUCAUUUGUGGCAGCACGAGAUAAGAAUCCUCGUGGCCAACACAAGUUCCAGGUGAUCACAAACAACAAGCAGUGCACCCCUCAGCCAGUGACAGUAUGUACUGAUGCUGUCACCAUCUUAUAUGACAAUCAUGAAGUGCUCAUAGCAGCUAAGUCAUUAGCAGCAGGAGGGGUGCAAGUGACCGUUGACAAGGAGAUGAUGUAUGUCUUCCCAUACAGGUCCCCAUGGCUCUCCCUGGAACAGCCAGACUUAACACAGGUUAUGGCUGCCAUUCCUGAUAUACAACUAGAAGUGACCUAUUUCAUGGACAACUUUGGUUUUGCAAUUAGCCUUCCCUCAGCCCUCUACUUUAACAAGACAGAAGGACUGUGUGGUAAUUGCAACCAUAACAAAAAGGAUGACUUUUUGGCUCGUGAUACUGGCCUGGUUGAUACCGUGGAUGAAUUUGGACGCAGUUGGCUUCUGGAGGGUGAACCAGCAAGCUGUGGUAUACUGAAGAAAGAAGAGCUGUUCUGUACUUUGCUCCCACCUGAAGCGGACCCCUGCCUUACCAUCAUGGAUGAAGAUCUCUUUGGCAAAUGUCACCCAGUGGAGGACCCAGUAGCCUAUGUGUCAUCCUGUCAACUUGAUUCUUGUGGUAGCCGUGAGCCUCAGGUAGCCGCCUGCCAUGCCCUGGAGGCUUAUGCAAGGCGCUGUGCUGACCUGGACAUCUGCCUCAAUUGGCGAUCUGAAGAACUUUGCCCUAAAACUUGUCAUGGAGGCCAGGAGUACCAGGCAUGUGGGCCAGGCUGUGUACGCACGUGUGAUAACUAUGAGGAGCUUGAGAAGAAUCCUGAUUCUUGUCCUAUCUCCUCUGUUGAUGGCUGCACUUGUCCUGAGGGCAUGGUCCUUGACAAGGGCUCAUGUGUGAAUGAGAGCUACUGCAGAACCUGUGAUGAUGAGGGUCACCGCAUUGGAGAUGAAUGGCAGACAGAUCCAUGCACUACCUGUCAUUGCACAGAAAAAGGCAGUUCCUGCAGUACCAAAACUUGUCCUCACCAGUUGCUUUGUGAAGAAGGAUAUGUUCUUGAGGAGAUUCCUGGCACUGGAGAUGAUUGCUGUGGCCCACUGAAACAUUGCAAGAUAGUUGUACCUGAAAAUUGUACUGAACCCACAAAGCCAAAGGACGGUUGUGGCUAUGGACAGAAACUUAAGAAAAUAGAGGCCCCGGGUCUUUGUCCUCAGUAUGCUUGUGUCUGUCUGGAUCCUGAAGAUUGCCCACCACCUGAAAAGUUGAAAGAAGAAGACCUGGAUGAAGGAGAAGAUAUGAUCCUAGACACCACUGGCUGCUGUCCUAAAUACAUAGCAGAGUGCACUGGUCUGUGCUCCACCCUGACAUGUCCAGCCUUCCAUAACCUGGUGGAGGAGCCACUAAAGGAAGAUGAGUGCUGUCCCAAAAAGAAAUGUGAACUGCCUCCUGAUGUUUGCAUCUACACCCAUGAGUUCCCAGUGCCAUCAAAGGCCAUAAAGUUCCCAGGAGUUACAGAGAAGAAGCUGUACAAGGUGAAUGAGACUUGGCAAGAUGGCAACUGCCUUAAGUGUGUUUGUAAGGAAGAUGGGGAUGGCAAACCUCAUCAUCAGUGUGCUCAUACAAUCUGUCCUCCGGAAACUGAGCAUCCUGACUACGGUGAUUACCAGCUUGAGGUGUUGGAGGUCCCAAACACCUGCUGUCCCAACAUUGUCAGGACAGCCUGUAUUGAUGACUAUGAAGUGAUUGAAGUUGGAGACACACUGCAUGACCCAUUGAAUGGCUGCCGAAGUGUUGACUGUGUCAGGACUCCUGCAGGCAAAGUAGAAAAGGUGGAGAAAAUUUACUCUUGUGAUGAAACUUGCCCACCAGGAUGGGUGUAUGAACCUUCUUCACUAUAUCCUCAACAGUGCUGUGGCACAUGUGUGCAGGUGUCGUGUGUCACAGAUGGUGAAGUUAAAGCUGUAGGAGAGACUUGGCAUUCUGAAGAUCAUUGUACUAUUUACACCUGUGCCAAGAACACCAAUGACCAGAUACAAAUCCAGACAGUAGAAGUGCAGUGCAGCCAGCCCACUGAGGCUGAGCUGACUCUGUAUGUGUACCAGACAAGUGAAGUCCCUGACCAGUGCUGUCCAGCUUAUACCCGCACUGCCUGUCUCCUGGAAAAUAAUCCAAUACCAGCAGGAGAGGAGGUACAAGAUCCCAAUGAUAGCUGCACGACCAUCAGCUGCUCUGAGGGAGCUGAUGGUAAUGUGACACGGCGUGAGAAGGAAACAACAUGUGACAGUGACUGUGAUCUUGGCUAUAUCUACAAACCAGCAACAGCUGGAAGCUUUGAAUGCUGCGGUCAUUGUAUCAAGACUCACUGUGUUGAUGAUGGGAAGGAGUUUUCACUUGGAGAGCGAUGGGAGAGUGAAGGAGAUGUCUGUUAUGAAUACAGCUGCGAGUUACGCAACGACUUGCCAACUAUACUGGCUGUGAAGAAGGAAUGUCCUUACUUUGACCCAGAAUGCCCUGAAAAUGAGAUAAGGCUUGAUGAGUCUGGAUGCUGUAAGCUGUGUAAUGUGACUCGGCAGCCAAAGAGAGACUGCCAGCCUAAAGCUAUUCCACUCUCGGAGACGGUGGGACUCUUCCAACUGUCCACGUGGCGAGUGGGCACCUGCAGGAACCCUAACCCUGUGCCUGACUUCAGGAUGUGUUCUGGCCACUGUGACUCAUCCACAGACUUCAAGGGCCAAGGGAGACAAGCCAAGUAUGUUUCCACUUGCUACUGCUGCAGACCCUCAAGAUUCGAGAAGAUCCGCAUUCAGCUUAAUUGUGAUUCUGGCGUGACUUUCAGCCCCGUGUACGACAACAUUGCCGAGUGUGAAUGUCUGGAAUGUGGCAACAGCAACAACCCAUCAGAUUAUCCCUUAGAUCAGCCAAUUGUAGAUGAUGACACUGAAUUCUUUUCCUUGACAGAUCCACAGGUCGAUCAGUAGCUAUCUGACACUUUCCCUACUCUACCUAGUCUUAAUUUAAUGGCUUUGUGAAGUAGAACAUGCUUGCAUCAGCUAAUCUUCAACAACAGUCCAUGAGUGGGGAAAGAAAACUCUUAACACUUGUUACCAUGCAAUCCUUCUUACCCUUCCCUCCAUUCAAAUAAUUGCAUAAUGUAAGUUCACACACACACACACACACACACACUAUACAAUAUAUAUAUAUAUUUUUUUUUUUUUUUUUUUUUUCCAUCUGAAGAGCUAAGCUUAACAUGACCAUUGCUAGGAGGAUAACCAGUGUGUUGUAGCUGUCCAUUUCUUGCUGCCCUUCGUUUUGUAAAUAGUUGCAUUAAAUGUCUGCAAGAGGAAAAAAAAAAAAAAGAGACAGAGAGAGAGAGAGAGAGAGAGAGAGAGAGAGAGAGAGAGCAAAUAAUAAAAGUACAAAAAAAUGGCUUACCACAAUAAAAGAAAUGUUACAUGUAUAUUUUUAUUUAAUCCAAUUGCUACAUGCUACUAACAUAAAUGUAUUAAUUUUUCAACAAAAGAAUGCAAAAAU